AUGGGCAGCUUCGAAGACCCCCGGCAGCAGAGAAAGCCGAAGCCAUGGAUCGAAACUCCUUUGAUCGAAUCCACCUCCCUCUCACAGGCAGCAGGCUGGCUAACGUUCCCCCUAAGAGCAAUUGGCAACCUCGUACUAUCCUACGCCUCGGACCCAGCAAACCAAGGAAAACAGCUCCACUUCUUCAUUGCGUCCGCUGGCAAUGCAGGGCUGGCCGCCGCCUUUGCAGCCAACGCUCUCUCCUACCCUUGCACCGUCUGCGUGCCAAUCACCACCAAGCCAGUCAUGGUAGCCAAAUUACAGGAAGCCGGUGCCACGGUCGUGCAACAUGGCGCUAAUCUCGACGAAGCCAGUACCCACAUGAAAUCCAUCAUGGACGCCCUUCGAGGGAAGCCGGCAGAUGGCGAUAGUGCAGUGCCUGUUGUCCCCAUUGCGCUACAUCCUUUCGACCAUGAGAAGAUUUGGGAGGGCGUGAGCACGAUGGUAGAUGAGCUGGCAUACCAAAUGCCUCCACGAGAGGACGAGGCCGAAAGCGGCGAAUUCGACGACGAGUCACUUCCCAUCGAUGGCAUCAUCUGCAGCGUCGGCGGUGGUGGGCUGAUGAAUGGCAUCAUCAUGGGAAUUGAACGCCAAGAGAGAAUGUAUGGCAAAGCGCGUGCCGGCUCUACCUACACCAAUUCCACCGAAAGACGCAACAAUAUACACAUCAUCGCCACAGAAACGCAAGGCGCUGAUGCCCUCGCUCAGGCAGUCGCCAAGGGAUCCCUAGUCUCGCUACCGGGCAUUACAUCACUCGCAACGUCCUUGGGCGCCAUUCGAGUCGCUCAACGAACACUGGACAAUGCACUCUACCCACCGGCUGGAGUUAAAGUGCACACAUUGGUGCUCCACGACGCAGACGCGGCCAAGGGAGUGUUGACCCUGGCAGAGGACCAGAAACUACUCGUCGAACUUGCAUGUGGCAUCUGUGUCGAAACAGCCAUUGGGCCAACACCAUCGAGGCGGAAAAGCAAACUUCAGGGGAAGCGAGUGAAUGGUCAUCAGAAACCUUUUAGCCCCGUGAAUGAUUACGGAACGCAAACAGAAGUACAGUCAUAUCUUCGCCGAUUCAUUCCCAACUUGAACUCUAAAAGUCGAGUCGUGAUCGUUAUAUGCGGAGGAAGCAAUGUUUCCUUGGAGAUGGCCGCAGAAUGGAGGCAAAAACUCGAGGAAGGAUGGGGAACCGAAAAUGGUAUUGUUGCAUGA